AUGGAGGACCGGGCUGACCCCGCAACCAGGCCUGAACGAACGGAGGGCACGGCUGCCACUGGGGCUCCUGCUGCUGCUGCGGCUAUUGCAGCUGCUGCGCAGUCUCGGUCGUCUGCUCCGCGCGUCCGGCUCAGUUGCGAAGCAUGUCGCCAGCGCAAAGUCAAAUGCGACAAACUGAGUCCUUGCACCAGCUGCGUGCGUCUGGGCUUCGUCUGCGUUCCCGUGGAGCGAGCCCGUCUGCCCCGGGGGCGCACCAGAACGGCCCCCGAGCGGGCGCAUGGCUCAGACAAGGAGCUGGCGGACCGAGUGGCGAAGCUGGAACAGCUAUUGAGACAGGUCGCCGCCGAGCGUGAUGCCGAGCCCCACCCGGAGCCGCUGCAAUCAGCGGCCACGAACAAUGAGCACAGCUUCGAGAUUAAGACGGCCGAUGUCGAGACGUGGCAAGAGCAGGAUUCACAGCAAAACACCUUUGUCUUGCCGCACCGGCCGCGCCGGUCGACAACUUACAUGGCUAGUUCGUUUUGGGAAGAUAUCAUGCAGCAGACCCAAGAACUUCGUACAGUUUUGGAUGACCGCUUGGAAAAUGAAGAGGAGAUCAGGAGCCAGCCAGGCUUUGGAGCUUCCUUUGUCGGCUCAGAAAGCUCAGAGAGCAUGUCCAAUUCGCCUCAAUCUUACAAGGGACUUAGCAUCCCGCUUCAGACAAGGCGACAACUUUGCGAGAUCUACCUGCGCAAUGUCGAUCCGGUCUUCAAAAUCCUACAUCGACCUACGCUUCGGGCCUUUCUUCGGGACGAGCAGCCCUAUCUUGACUAUGAACCCGACCACCAUGUCCCCAAUACCCUCGCAUUAGCUGUUUACUAUGCGGCUGUCUGCACCAUUGACGAUCCACAGUGCCAGUUGUUAUUUGGCAUGGACAAGAAGGCUGUUACAGCCGAUCUUCAAAAGGAAACAGAUGCUGCCCUGUCGAGGGCAGAUUUUGUGACUACCAACGAAUUGGCAGUUUUGCAGGCCUAUGUACUUUCACUGCUUGCUGCCCGCAGCCAAGAUCAAAGCCGACGGGUGUGGACCAUGCUCUCUAUGGCCCUCCGAGUAGGCCAAGCCUUGUGUCUCCACAUGCCGGUCCCGCCAUUUCAAGUCAGUCCCUUCGAGCAGCAACUACGACGACGUACAUGGCAGGCUAUCGGAGUUCUCGACUUGGCCGCUUCUCUCGACCGAGCAUCCGAACCGAUGAUGCAAUCUGCUUGGCUAGAUCAUAUUCUGCCGGCAAACAUCAACGAUGAGGAUAUCUGGCAUGGCAUGGACGUGCCGUUCGAAGAACAUCCAGAGGGCACUUUCACCGACAUGACGCAGACAUCCAUUCUCGCGGCAGCCCAGUCUGUUGCUAGAACCAUCGGCUUUACCGAUUUCAUUGAGCCUACCGUCAGGUCAUCGCAGAAGCGCCAAGAAGUCCUCGGGAAUUUCCGAGAAACUGCCAAUACUCUUUUGGCAGGAUGCAGACCUGAACUCUCUUCUUACCACCUCUACGUGUCGCGUCUCGCCCUUACCAUCUUUGGGUGGCUGCAACUUGGGUGUGUUCGGCCAAUUCAACGAAGCCGAAACUGGAUCCCGCCGCCUGUCACGGGUGACGUGCUCCUCAGCCUGGCCGCGGAUAAUCUGCAAAAACUCAUGCAGACUGCCAGUGACCCUGCGAUGGCGCCGUGGAUGUGGUUUGGCUCCUUGUGGGUUCCCUGGCAUGGACUGGCAGUCGCCCUGGCCGAGCUUUGCGUUUGCAGAGACCCGGCAACUAUCGCCAAGCACUGGCCGGUGGUAGAACAAGUGUACUACCAAUCCAGUUUCGUCAUUGCAGACUCGCAGCACGGGAUGUUGUGGAAGCCUCUGCAGAAGCUCAUGACUCAGGCACGAGCGCACAGGAAGCAACUGCUAGGCAGCGAAUCCCCCAGCGAGACAAUCCGCCAGACCACGCGAGGCGGGCUGCCCGGGAUGGAGAAACGGAGCGCUCCCCCUGGCUCACCUAUCGUUGCGAAAUUCAACCGUCAAGCCGAGACGCCGACAUAUCCUGCGGACGCUUUCACACUAAGUCUGGAAGCGCCGAAUAUUGCUGCUGGCCAGCAAUUUAAUCCUGCCAUUACCAUGGCAUCUUCGACCUUCACACUGGAACCGUGGCCAAAUGUUUGGGACCAAAUGGACUUCGAUAACACCGGACUCCCGCUACAGGCCGACAACCACGCUUGGCUUAAUUUUGAGAACUUCAUGGGCGAUGUAUAUGAUAGCGUGGAUUGCAUGUUUUUACCCCGAUACCCUUAG